GAGAGAGAGAGAGAGAGAGAAAAGAGCGAAGAGAGAGAGAGUCGUGCUGUUGAGGAAGGAAAAUGGAGAGCGGAGAAGCAACUGGUGGUGAUCAGGCUGGAAAUGGAGCCCCGGCGAAAGGUGCAGGGACAAGUGCUGCCGGAGCGGCCGUCAAAGGGAAAAGGGGGCGAGGAAAGGGUGCUGGAGAUGGCAAGGGGAAGAAGCCGGCAACUGGAGGAAGGAUUGGCGCCGCCGGUCGGAAGAAGGUAAGCCGUUCAGAUAAGGCAGGACUGGUGUUUCCGGUGGGAAGGAUCGGCCGUUACUUGAAGAAAGGACGCUAUGCUGAGCGAGUUGGAUCCACUGCUCCUGUCUACUUGGCUGCUGUUCUUGAAUAUCUUGCUGCUGAGCUUCUGGAGUUGGCUGGGAAUGCUGCAAAUGAUAACAAGAAGAAGAGGAUCAUACCAAGGCAUGUGCUAUUGGCUGUGAGGCAUGAUGAAGACUUGGGUAAAGUUUUGGGGAACGUAGUUUUUCCAGGGUCGGGUGUGGUUCCUCAUAUCCACCAAGCCCUUCUGAAAAAGAAGAAGGAUACAGACUCCCAAGAGCCAGAGAAGGGAAAGUGAAGUAAAAGAUGGAUGCAGCUAAAAAAACCACUACAACCCCUAAAAAAUUUCAUAUUCUCUGUGAAUCAAUAGAAGUUGGUUUCCUUGUCACAAACUUCAUAGAUAUAUAGUAGUUUCUUUACUGAAUAUAGUUUCUGUCACAUCCUAGACAGUUAGCACUUUUGCUGUAUCUCAUCUGAUAUCUAGCUAGCUUCACUACUAGAAAUUGUUGAUUCUGUUGGGUAGCGACGAUCACUGGGAUCAUUGUGGAUUUUGAAUAACAAUUUUUACUGUACUAAAUAGCUUAUCAAUUUGGCUCCG